GCUCCGGAGCGAAAGGACGCCCGGCACGCCGGGGCCGCCAUGGAGGCCAGCCGCCGCCUCCUCAAGGAGCUCUGCGACGAGGCGACGUGCUCCAUCUGCCUGGAGUACUUCAAAGACCCCGUGAUGCUGGACUGCGGGCACAACUUCUGUCAAGCCUGCCUGGCCCGCUGCUGGGGCGAGACGGCGCGGGGCUUCUCCUGCCCCCAGUGCCGAGAAACGGCGCAGCAGAGGAGCAUCCGGUCGAACUGGCAGCUGGCGAACAUGAUCGAGAUUCUGCGGAAGCUCGAGGAGGACAGUCGGAGGGAAGGGGCGCUGGGCGUGUGCGAGCGGCACCGGGAGCCCCUGAAGCUCUUCUGCAGGGACGACGCCGCCGCCAUCUGCGUGGUGUGCGACCGCUCCAAGGAGCACCGCGAGCACAGCGUGAUCCCCAUCGAAGAGGUGCCCCAACGGAGCGAGGAAAAAGCUGAACUGAAGUCUUUGGAAAAAGAGAGAGAGCUUAUUGUGGAUCAGAAGUUAGCUGAAGAGCUGAGAAGCCAAGAAUGUCUGACGCAACUAGAAAUGGAGAAACAGAAGGUCAACUCUGUCUUUGAGCGAAUGUACAACUUUCUUGAAGAACUAGAGCUCCUUCGGCUGGCCCAGCUCGGAAGUCUGAAGAAAGAGAUUGAAGAGAAGCAGCAAGAAAGUAUUGCCAAAUUCUCUGAAGAGAUUUCCCAUCUCAAUAACCUGAUCACAGAAGUGGAAGGGACCUUUCAGCAGCCAGAAAGAGAAUUGCCUCAGGACAUCAAAAAUGUCUUGAGCAGGUAUGAGAAAGGACAUGCAAGACAGCAAGUGGACGUUUCUCCAGGACUGGAAGAGAAACUCAGAAUUUACUCUCAGACAAAUUCUGCUCUAGAAGAGGCUAUGGAAAAAUAUAAAGAGUCUCUGGAGGAAACACUGAACAAAGAGGCCCUGAAUCAAGAACUGUACAAAGUGAAUUUCACUCUGGACCCCAACACUGCAAACCCCUUCCUCAUUUUGUCUGAUGACCUGAAGAGUGUGAGGAGAGGAAGCAAAUAUCAAGUCCUGCCUGACAACCCGGAGAGAUUUGAUAUUAUGAUGAGUGUGCUGGGCCGUGAGAUAUUCACUUCAGGAAGGCACUGGUGGGAGGUGGAGGUGGAGGAAAAUUUGGGAAGGUGGGCUGUGGGGGUUGCACGAGAGUCGGUCAGGAGGAAGGGGGUGGUCCGUAUUAGUCCGGAUGAGGGGUUCUGGGCGGUAGGAAAGUCAUUCCGUGACUCCUCGUCACCUUGUCAAAUCUUGGCUUUUACUUCCCCUAAGCCUCUUCCUUUAACCUUGAGGCGCAAGCUCAGAAAAAUCCGGGUUUUCCUGGACUAUGAGGAGGACCGUGUGGAAUUCUUUGAUGUUGAUUCUGAUGACCUGAUCUUUACUUUCCAUUCAGCCUCAUUCUCCGGGGAGAAGAUCCUUCCCUUUUUCCGGGUGUGGAGGGGGGUCAGGCUGAAGUGCUGAAAGAAUUCCUCACUCUCACAAACAUUUCUGCCAUCUUGAGAGUGUGUUCUAGCACUUUGAGUGCUAGAGUGAUGUUCUAGCACUUUGUCCCUGCAUGAGUGAACCCAGCAAAACAGCUGCAGCCUUAACUGUUUUAGUAAGAUCUUGGUUCCCAGUCAGCUUCUUAAAAAUCUGUCACCUGGGGUGGGAGUAAACAGAAUCCACAAAAUGUCUCAAAGAAAACAAGCAGGUUUAGAGCACAAUCCUGUGCAUGUUUGGAAAGGAAAAAGAGGACCAAGAAGUUGGCCCUUACAGCAUUCAUAAAAGACAGUCCUUAAAAACACUAAAGAGCAAUGUAUACUCCACUAGCUUGGGGUCAGGUGGAAUGCUGAAUAAAACUUAAAUAGCUCAAUUUGAUUGGCACCUUUUAAAGCAGGUAACAUGACCCCCCCCCAAAAAAAAAAAACAAAAAAAAUCUCAGAGUGUGAGAGCAACAUGGAACAUACUUGGUGUUCCAGUGGACUGCAGGGGCAACAGUGGGAUUUACAACAUGAACCCCAAAACAACAAAUGUGCAGAAAGUUUCACAGCAUCUGAACACCCUUCUUUCUGGCAGGCAUGGCCACCUCUCUCACAGUAGCAGUUAAUGAAGUCACCCCAAGAGAGUGGAAGAGAAGUUCCUAUUAUACAGUCAUUCAAAGGGAAUGGGAAGAAAUGCCCCGUUUGCAGUUCCUGUUUGAGACAACCCCUUCAUUAGGAAAGGGCUUCUGCUUUGCAAGCGCCCGAGUCUCUUCUGUCCAGAGCGACAUAUCCUGAAUAUUAUCAGCGUGUUGUUAGCAUUGCCGAAGUUCUUUUGCAAGCCAUAAAUAAAGUCUGCUUAGUGAACA